AUGGCAGAAGUUAGAGAAAUAGAGGCUAAAGAUAAAACUUAUGAUAGGCUGAGAAAACAAGGAGCUAUAGAAUUUGAGGGGAUUACUGAUCUUGAGAUAGCAGAAGAAUGGUUACAGGAGACAGACAGGGUGUUGGAUAGGCUGGAUUGCACACCAGAGCAAAAGCUGAAAAAUGUUGUAUCUUUGUUGAGAAGAUCAGCUUUAGAUUGGUGGGAUCUAAUUCCAGGAAGUAAAAACAAACCUAUGACCUUAACUUGGGAUGACUUCCUUAGGGAAUUUGCAAAUAAAUACACACCACCAAUGUAUACAGAUCGAAAGAAAAUGGAGUUUUUGAGCUUGGAACAGGAAUACGUGACAGUAUCAGAAUAUGAAAUGCAAUUCUCUCAAUUGUCAAAAUAUGCAUUAGAAGAAGUGGCUACAGAGGAUGCAAAAUAG